GCACUGGGGUGGAUUUCGGGAAGCCAAAUCCUUUCUGAUCGUUUUUAGUACAUUAUACGUGCGGGAAGACGCGCCCCCUGUGCGUAAAGAGGCAGGACAGAGAGGACGCAGCUGUCCUGCGCACCUGAAACAGUUCGCAGACAGACAGAUAGGCAGGCAGGUACACAGGAGUGGAGCCGGAAGAGCAACAGGUCGACUUGUCCUGAAAGUCCUUUUUUUCCUCAGUAACUCCGUGCGUUUCUUAGAUUACAACUCUGCUUUUUAAAAACGCGACUUUUUUGUGAGGAAACAUGACAGAGCAAGGAAAGAAGCUGAUUCUGGUCGUGGUGGAUAUUCUUUGUGUCUUUGUUGCGGCCCUGCCCUCAGCCAUCCUGACGCUGAUGUUCACCCCCUACCAAAGAGGAAUCUACUGCGAUGAUAAGAGUAUCAGCUAUCCCUACAGGAGAGACACGAUCUCCCAUGGAGCCAUGGCUGCCGUCACCAUCACCUGCUCCAUCGUCAUUAUUACCACAGGAGAGGCCUACCUUGUGCACACAAAUCGUCUGCACUCUAACUCCCAGUUCAACCAGUACCUGUCAGCACUUUAUAAGGUGGUGGGUACCUACCUGUUUGGAGGAGCCGUCAGCCAAUCACUGACCGACCUGGCCAAGUUCACAAUAGGUCGCCCUCGUCCAAACUUCUUGGCUGUGUGCGCCCCAGUCACCUGUAACGGGUACAUGCUGGAGAUCAACUGUACCGGCUAUCACCGCAAUGUGACUGAAUCCAGGUUGUCAUUCUACUCUGGUCACUCGUCCUUUGGGAUGUACUGCAUGCUGUUUCUUUCUCUCUACAUCCAGGCCCGAAUGCAGGGGAAGUGGACGCGACUGGUUCGACCAACCAUCCAGUUCUUCCUGGUGGCGUUUUCUCUGUAUGUAGGAUACACGCGAGUGUCUGACUACAAACACCACUAUAGUGACGUACUGGUGGGGCUACUGCAGGGAGCUCUCAUCGCUGUGCUCACUGUCCGAUAUGUGUCCGAUUUCUUCAAGCAGCGCCCCCCUCGCUGCACACACACAGACACACCAGAGAUCGAACACCUUGAACAUAAACCGAGCCAGCAGCCUCCCAACUCGCAGCACGGAAACCACUACAACUACUCUGGACCAGUAUGAACCCUUUACAGAAGCCAACCCGAACCUACACACUCUCCAACAGCAGCUCUGUUACUUAAGGACCUGUGACAUGUACAGAAAAAACCCCAAAAUGGAGCAACCACUACCCAGAAAUCCAGAUCAGACCUGCUCCACUCCGAGACGGCUUCCUAACAAUUUUACUGCUAUGAAAACUCAGAGAUUCCCUUGACCUGUUGAAACAGAAACUGUCUGUGUGUCUUUUAGUAAGGGUGUGUGUGCUGCGAAAGUAUGCGUGAUUGAUUGUGUUUUUAUGGUCAUGUGGAGCGUGUUGUGCUGUUCAAAAGUGUGCAAUUAUGUAUAUUUUUAUGUUGUUUUUUUAAGUCUGUGCUACGUUUAUUAGAGAAAUGCUUUUAAGAUUUGUGGGGGAGAAUUUAUGCUGUGAGAAACCGAAAAGUGAGCAAAGACUGAUAAAGAGACACCAGCCAACAACUACUCUGUCCUUGAAUGCAGUUACAAAACAUUGGAGGCUGAAUGUUUUUCAUUUUGUUGCUUGUUGCAGUUAGAUAAGACUUAUUUUACCUACACUGGAGUCAGAUUAUAUCUGGCUGUUCCUGUCCCUUUUGUCAUUUUUAUCCGCCUCGUCCGUCUCGAUAUUUUAAUAUUUUUAGAAGACAUGCAUGCGUAAUGGACUGCUUUAACUAUAUACAUGAUUUUGUAUAGUACUAACAAUUUUAUUUUGUUUAUUACUACUGAUUCUAAUAAAUUGUGUAGCUUUUUAAGAAUACAUUACCAUUACUAAACAGUACAACCUUUUGAGCUGGCAGCAUUGUUCUGGAUUUUUCUCUUUUUAUAAACAAACUUCACUUAAAUGACUGACUCUUGAACCUCAAGUGCUUGCAGAACCACAAUCUUCCUUCACUCUUUAGAACAUAUGUAACCUAUUGUGAAACUGGCAUAUGUAAUAAUUUCUUUCCUUCUGCCUGUAGGUUGUUUUGUGUAGUUUCCUUCAUAAAUUUUAGCCGACAUAAAA